GUACCUUCCGCUUUACAGGGCAUUUGUGAAGGGCUGCCAUUUUACCGAGCUUACGCACCACGACCGAAUCAUGGGGAUCGAAGCGGUCCAGCUCACAUCCAGUUCACAUCACGGAAACAUUUUAGCUUCUCUGCAUGAUCUGAGGUUGCAAGGACAGCUUUGUGAUGUUACCGUGCAGGUGGACUAUGAAGGAGAUGUGCAAGAAUUUCAGUCCCACCAGGUGAUCCUUGCUGCAUCCAGUGGCUACUUCAAGAGGAUUCUUCUGUGUCCAGAUACGGCCCAGGAUAAAUUAUCGCUUUCAAAUAUUCAAUCCAAUGAUUUCUCAAAGUUUUUGGAAUUUAUCUACACUGGUAAAGUUGAAGUUUCUAGAAACAGGAUUGGUGAUGUUCAAGCAAUGGCAAAAAUUUUGGAAUGUGAGGGUCUGUCAGAGGUUUGUGAUGAGGCCUUGAGUACUGGAGUUCUACAAAAACCCAGAAGGAAAGCAUCUGCAUCAAAGAUCUCUGAAACAGAAGACAUUAAAAAAAGAUGUAAGGCAAAGAGAACACAGAAGAAUGAAAAAAACCAAAGAAAAAAGCUAAAACUGAAGCUGACUGGCCGUAAAGUACUUCAGAAGCAGUGGUAUUCUCCAAAAGAGUCUCUUCACAGUGAAAGUCAGGUUAGUAAUGUUGGUGCAGAGGAGAGUAGGAAUGGCACUGAAGACAAGGCCCAGCCACAGAACGAGAAAGAUAAAGAAGAUGAGACUUCACUGGGGAAGCCCACUUCUGAUGUGGAUGAUUGGGAAUGUGAGGAUGAUGUGCAAAGUAAUGAUCCUCAAGACCCCUUAUUUCAGUUGGAGAAGGAAGAAGAAAGAGAAGCAGAGGAAGGACAGUCCAAGGGGAAAUUAAAAAGAACAUCCAAGGCCCAGUUCCAGUGUAACAGGUGCCAGCGGACGUUUCACUAUGAGAGAAGCUACUUGAAGCACAUCAGUACAUACCAUGGAGUUAAAGCAGAUGUCAUCUAUCGCUGUGAGACCUGUAUGCAGACCUUUGCAAACCGAAGCAACCUGAAGAUCCACGAAAAGCAUGUUCACAGUAGUGAGAGGCUUUUUGCUUGUGACUCCUGCUCAAAAACCUUUAAACGAAAGAAGGAUGUUGUCCGCCAUCAAAGACAGGUACAUGAACGAAAUCUGCAACAUGUAUGCCCUGAUUGUGGGAAGGCGCUCAGCUCCAAAGCUGCCUUGUUGUUGCAUGAGAGGACUCACACGGGCACAAAGCCUUACGAGUGCUCCGACUGCGGGGCCAGAUUUACCCAAAACUCUGCCCUCAAGAUGCAUCACAGGACUCACACAGGAGAGAAGCCAUUUGCAUGUGAUGAAUGUGAUGCCCGGUUCACUCAGAAGCACAUGUUAGCUUAUCAUAAGAGAUCACACACAGGGGAGAAACCCUUCAUGUGUGAGGCUUGUGGGAAAAGCUUUGCAUCUAAGGAAUACCUCAGACACCACUCAAAUAUCCACACCGGGUUUAAGCCAUAUAAAUGUGAGCAGUGUGGUAGAGGCUUUGCUCAGAGGAACUCCCUCAACCAGCAUCUAAAAAUACAUACAGGUGAGCGCCCUUAUAGCUGUAAAGACUGUGAUAAACAGUUCACUCAGCUCAACGCGCUCCAAAGACACCAACGUAUUCACACAGGAGAGAAGCCAUAUAUGUGUGGCCUCUGUAAGCGCACCUUUACAGAUAAGUCCACGCUUCGCAGGCAUACUAUGAUUCAUGACUCGGAAGCUCCAUGGAAGAACUACCUGGUGGUGCUCGAGGGAAAUGUGGAGGAAAAGAAGCCAAGAUCUCCCACUAAGGAAAAGAUAGCGAAAGCAGGGCCAGGAGAGAAAAAGAGCAAAAGUCCCAGCAAAAUUCCUAAUACUGUUGUUACUGCUCCCAGUAUUUCCAGUGCUGCUGCUGGUUCUCUUAUUGAUGCUAGUAAAACCCAAGCAGAGUCCAUUGUGGUUUCAACUGAGCCAGUCACUCUCCCCUCAAACUGGACCAGCCAUGGAGCCAUUGCUCUUGUUAGCCACAGCGGUCUUGGUGGUAUCACUGUCAUCCACACUGAGGUUCCACCUGGGACGCAGAUCCAGCCCAUAGUAACCACUAACGGCACAGGAACAAAUGUAAUUUCCUUAGAUAGUUCAGCCAUCCCAGUCCCCUUUUCUAUCCCAGUGUCUGUGACUCACCCUGUUUCUUUAUCCUCCGAAGCCCCUACCUCUCUGUCUAUACCCACUCUCUCAGUUCCUGUUUCUGGUGUCUUGUUAGCAGCAUCAGUCUCAGACAUCCCAACUGUCUCUACAUCAUCUGUGCUGGAAGCAGCUGUUUCACAGACCAUUUUAGCUCAAACUUCUGAGAAUAAGGCCAUUUCUGAGACGGAUAUUUUACCGCCUGAUGUACAGACUGUGAGAGUUGGUGACGAGGCUUGUGAAAAUGAACAAACAGUUGUCCAGAAUGACGGGCAGCCGAGCGCAGCAGAUGACUCCACAGACGAACCAACAAAGGCCUCAGAUCAAAAAGUUGUGUAAAAGAUGAGUUUAACUAGUUUUAGUUGUGUAAAAAGUACUCUGAUCAAGUGUUUUGAUCAACAACUGAUAGUGCUUAACAUCAAUUAUAGAAGUCAUUUUCCUGGUAUCAUCUAGCACUGUUGAACAUCUUUAAUGUACUUAAAGAAGUAUUGUGAAUAGACAACUAGCAACACAUUUCUCUCUCUUAAGCAAAGCAUAAUUUCUAUUAGAGCUUAAUUUUUUUGUGUGUGUGUGUGGCUUAUGGAAAUAAAAUUUGACUGAAAGCAAAGUGUAACCCACCACACUUUAUUAGAAGAAUGGGUUAUACUAAGAUUUAUGGUUUUCUAAUGGCUAUUUUGUGUUCCAUUAAUUUGCAGAAAUGAAAACAUCGCAUUUUCUUAAUAAAUUUCCCUCCUUAUCAGGUUUUAAAAUCACAUGUUUUCAUGCCGGCAGAUCUAGCAUCUUCAUCAUUUUAACCAGAAUGGUGUUAGUUGUAUUUAAAAUGAUGAAAUUGGAUAUUUGUUUGGGAUUGUCAUUUGUAAUUGGUUUCAGAAGUUUCUGGACUCUGCAGGAAGCUGUUAUGGCACUUUGGACCAUGUAACAGGAUAUUUGAAGUUCAAAUAAUCUUAUGAAUUUACACUCUUAUGUACACACAGGCUCACAUACCCUAUAAAGAUAUGGAGUUAUCUUGUGUAUUUUGGACAUAAUACUGAGUCUAUUAGCGUUGCUUGCGUAAUAACUACAAUCUACAGAGUGCCUGUCAUGCUGGCAUGAGGCAAGCUUCUGGCUUUCUGUUUAUAUUUAACUCACCUUAUCUGUAGUAUAUGUUCAAACAUAUUUUGAACAUAUACUGUACAUAUAGCAGCAUUGGUGGUCACUUGAUCAGAGCAUCCUUACCAAAUGUCACUUAAAACUUUAUUUCUUUUUACUUUAUCUGUUAUCUUUGGCUUUUGUGACCAUCUGGUUUUCAUGAUAUGAUUUGAGGUCAGUGUUUUAUGAAAGUGGAUGUGUUCAGUUUUUGUCUUUUGAAUGUUGCAGUAUUUAUUUUAUUUUUAAGAUGCAAUAGAGCUGUACCGUGGUUGUAAUUAAACACCACAGAAAUACAUUAUGUUGUAUGUACAGAGUAAAAUAUACUACGCUUGAUUUUAAAUGUGAUUAAAAUGAAGGUGAUUGUG